AUGUCUGAAUCAGAUCAUUCAGAACACAUUGACACCGAUACCCACAAAUCCUCCGAUACCUACAAAUCCGCCGAUACUGGUGAUUCCGGCCAGCCUAAGAACACCGCAUUUCGAGGUUCCAAAUCGGAGUUUCAUCACACUCUUUUCGUCUCCAAUAUUAGGAACCACAUUCCUAUUAUUCUUGAGAUGGAAAAAGAUCAAUAUGGUACAUGGGCCGAGCUUUUUCGCAUCCAUGCUCGCUCACAUCGGCUCUUGCAUCACAUCGUUCCAUCUAUCAGAAAAGAGCCACCAGCCAUUACCAACGCCAACCAUGAAUAA